AAAGGUCAAAAUAAUAGAAGACAAACAAAUUUAUUCAGAUGAAGUAAAAAAGGAUAAUGUUAUAAACAGUGGCAGAAGACCCAAAGUAAGUUAUUUUGAACUGAAAGACACAAAGAAAGCAGGCAGAUUAAGGAAUCAAAGAGGAUCACACUUGAUUAAAAAAAAACAAUAAAACUCUUUAUAACAUAGACAAACAUUGUAAUGGGCCAAUCUUACUUCCAAAUGAAAAUAGAACAUUGCGUCAUAACCAGUACAGACAGAGACAAAAAUUAAAUUAUGAACACUUGCUAGAAAAUCUGAACUUGUGUCAAACAUUCAGUGAUCUGCAGAAAUCCCUUUCAGGAAUACCAGACAUGAAUACAUUUGCAAAAGCUGAUGAGGUAAGUGUUUACGGAAACAAACUUGAAGUAGAUUUCGAAUCAGUAGUUGAUGUUCCUGAGGACAUAGAUAAAUCUGACUUGUAUCCAGUUGAAGUAUAUGCUGACGGAAACUGUUUGCCAUCAUGCGGAAGUGUUUUUGCAUUUGGCACUCCAACGAGACCAGAAGAAAUAAGAACAAGAAUUAUCAAAGAACUGUCUGAACAUGAAGAUUACUAUUUAAACAAUGAAAACCUGAAUAAAGGGCUGGAAGCUAAAACUGCAAACAACCUGGCUAAGCAAUAUGCAAUGUACUCUGAAUAUUUUAUACCUGGAAUGAAUCUUGAUGAAAAACUGAUACAAGAAAUAUUUAGAAAAGAAGUAUUGUCAUUGACACAAAAUAAGUCAUUUAUGGGCAUUUGGCAAAUGUUCGCAUUGUCCAGUGUUCUUGGGGCACCAAUAAAAAGUGUGUAUCCCAACAAAGGAAAUCCGAAAGUCAGAGAGGAUCUAAACCGCCUGAUAUUACCCAGAAGUGCGGCAAAAUUUAAACAAAUAUAUAUAUUGUGGACAAAUACAAGAGACGAUAUUCCAGCUGUCCACUGGACCCCUAAUCAUUUUGUUCCACUUUUAACAUUUGAAGGGGUAAUUUCAAAGCCUAAAAGUACAAGUAAAAUCCCAGUUGAAAGCUGUAAACAUGAUAACAUUAAGAUUGAUGAAAAAAUAAUGAAGAUGCCAAGGUUUAUAAAGCAGGUGUUAACAAAGAAACUGCAAAUGAGAGAGAAAGUGAAGAAAAUUACAAAUGUAAAAUACAGGUGA